CACAAGUGCAAGUACCAGCUGUCUCCGCAGUGUGGAACCAGGCUGCGAAUGACUUCAAGGCUUGGGGCUGCCUGCCCGGUAACUAUUGAACCUUGGAUUUUUCCGAUUAUCUUAACCUAGGUAACUUAGGUAUUAUUUGACCGGUACCUAUAUUUCGCCAUUUAUCGAUGUCGCAACCUCACACCUGAGGUUCAACCGUGGCCUAUUGAAUCUAAUAUAGCUCUUUUUGAUGAAUGCAACAUCGAGGACAUGGCCGAAGACACAACAACUGCAGCUCUGAAGAGCAGAUAUUUGGGCCGAACCUUGCAAGAUGUCCCUGCCCCUGCCGCAGUCCUCGAUCUUGCCAAGUUGGAGGUCAACUGUCAGCGGAUGAUUGACGCCACAAAGAGACUUGGGAUGUUAUGGCGGCCUCAUAUCAAAACUCAUAAGACUACUGAACUGACGAGACUUCAAGUUGGAGAUGGAGACGACACUCCUGCCAACCUCGUUGUAUCUACACUCGUCGAAGCUGAGAAUAUCGUGCCUUUACUCGAGGAGUAUCAGUCCAAAGGCCGAAAAAUCAAUAUCCUCCAUUCUUUCCCCCUCCCAUCGUUCGCCGUGCCCCGACUCGCCUAUAUCGCCUCCCGACUGGGUCCUGGCUCGGUCAGCGUCAUGAUCGACCACCCCGGCCAAGUCCCCCUGCUCGCCAACCUCUCCUCCGCCUCGGGCCAUCCGCCGCUCGUCUUCCUCAAGGUCGACACCGGAUACCGCCGCGCUGGCGUCGAGCCCGACUCCCCCGCUUGCGACGCCCUCAUUGACGCCCUCCUGGCAAGCGAGGCUGCCGGCGACUGCGUCUUCCACGGCCUGUACUCGCACGCCUCCCACUCGUACGGCAUGCGUGACGAUUGGCGUGCGAUGGAGCUCCUGGCGGCGGAGUUUCUAGGCGUGCAGAUGGCCGCCGGGAAGGUGCGCUCCAGGAGCCCCGGACACUCUCUCGUCCUGUCGGUGGGGGCGACGCCGACUGCAACGACCGUCCAGCAUCCCGGGCUGGGGGACGGUGUGAGUGCCGACGCAGGUGGUGGGACGGAUGUGGGCGGAGAGACCACUGCUCCGACGGGGCUGCUGACGAAGCUGUUUGGGGAGUUGAAGACCGAUGGCCUCGAGCUGGAGGUCCAUGCGGGGGUGUAUCCUACCUUGGAUUUGCAGCAGCUUGCGACUCAUGCGCGGGACAGGAGCCUUAUGACGCAUGAAGACAUCGCCUUCGAUGUGCUCGUCGAGGUGGCCUCUCUCUAUCCCGGGCGCGGCGCCGACGGCACGACCGAGGCUCUGGUCACUGCCGGGUGCCUGGCGUUGGGAAGGGAGCCGGUCCAGGACAAGGGAGCUCUUCCCGGGAAGGAUUACAGUGGCUGGGGAAUGGUGUCUCCCUGGAACUCUCGAAACGUAGCUCCAGGGGCGGAUUUCCCGAGGGUUCACAGAGGGUGGCAGGUUGGACGGAUCAGCCAGGAGCACGGCAUACUAGUGUGGAACGGCGAGAAACAGGAAGAAGUUCCACUGGAGGUGGGGCAGCGACUUCGCAUCUGGCCGAAUCAUUCCUGCAUCGCUGGAGCAGGAUUCGACUACUACCUGAUUGUGGACAGCAGAAACAAAGGCAAGGAGGAUGAAGUCAUCGAUGUCUGGCCAAGAUGGAGGGGCUGGUGAUGGCUCGGGUAUGCAGCGCCUUUUCGCCUGUCGGCUAGGAAAAGCUCUGGUGUGUAGCUUGAGGGUCGCGUCUUGGAAACUGUAAACUAGCCGAUCUCCAGACUUGAACGGCAAUACGUCGGCGCAUAGGUACCUUUGCCGUGUCUGUUGUCGUGCGUGACUAGGUACCUAAUAAGCUUGCUAGGUCGGUCACCGCAAACCUACCUACCUAAACUCUAUUCACAUGGGAAACGACCGGGAACUGCAUAAAGAGAUGUGCCCCACCAAAAUGCCCUGACGGAUAAUUACAUAAUAUGUGCUUCCUCAUUGGAUAAACGAGGGAAGAGGAGGCACCAACUGGGGCAAAAAAAAAUUAUAUCGACCAAACUCGUCGGGGGCUCCUUU